AAAUUUAAAAAAAAAAAGAAAAACAACCACAACAAUAAUCAUAAUAUUUUAGUCAUAGUGAUUAUAAGACUUUGUUGCUGGGUAACAGUGAGUAGUUGUAACCUUAUUGUAUUGAUUAUAUAUAUAAGUUAAAAAUUUAUCUUUUCAUUACAUAUACAUCACAUAUACACGCUCACACAUGUUUACCAACUUUCAUUUAUAUGUAUAUAUAGAAUAGUAUAAAUGAAUAGUUAAGAUUCUACUGUUGUUGUAUACACUUGACAACAACAUCAAUAUCAUUUGACUAAUAAGAAAGGAAAUAAUUUUUAUUGAAUAUUUCUUAUUAUAUAUAAUCUAUAUUCACUGUAAUUAUUCCAUUGAAUGUUAUAUGGGGUCAAAAAUAAUUGCAUUGAUUGUAUGUUUACCAUUAUUACUAUUAUUAAUUGCAUUGGGACUUGCAAUUUUCUAUUGUCUACGUUCAAGAAAACGUAUUAGACAACGUACUACAUCAACUCCAGUGCGAAAUCAUUUACCUAGAUCACAGCCAACUCCAACCUCAAAUUUUACUAAUAUUCCUGCACAAGCCCCAUACCCGACGGGUUCAUCACAAGUUCCAUAUUCAAUGAGUUCAUCUCAGGCUCCAUAUCCAAUUAGUUCAUCACAAGAUGGAAUGCCAACAGGAGCAGCAGUGAUAUCGUCGGCGCCUAACUUAGAUCAACCACCACCAUAUCCUGCGUUAUCUGAACUACCACCUCCCCCACCACCAUAUUAUUCUAAAAUAGACAAUUCCUAAAUAAAGAAAAAAAGCUAUACAAUAUGAAACUAUGAAAACAUCUUAGUGAUUAAAAUGGUUUCUAUGCUCUAACAAAUAAAAAAUCAUCAAAAUUAUUGAUUUUUUUCUUUCUUUCUUUCUUUCAAUUUGUAAACUAUUGAAAAUACUUUUUAUUCUGUUGAUGUACAAAUGGAAUAUUUUUUUUUGUAUAAAUAUAACAAGUUCAAAAAAAAUAAAUAAUUUAUUCAUCCACUUUAUGAUAUAGAAAUGAAUUUGAAACUUAUACCCACCCCACCCCCUUCUCCAACCCCCUACCUCUCUUAAUUUGCUCUAAAAAAGGAACUAGUUUCAAAGCGAUUUCAUCAUAUUAUAAAUUGAUCAGUUUUUUUUGUGUAUGAUUUACAUGGUAACUAAUUCGUUGAUGGAAUUGUUAUGUAAACCGGUAAUUAUGUUUAUUUUUAUGUGUUCAGUUUAUUGAAAGUAAUUUUUCUUCUUAUUAUUCAAGGUAUGUAUAUAGUUAUUGAUGAUCAAUAUCUUAUUGAAUCAUCUUUAAUGUGGUACCUAAAUAUUUUAUAGUUAAGUUGAUACUACCUCUUCUCAACUGAAAAAAAAGAGUGAGCGAGAGAGAGAGAAAACUAUUUCUCAAUUUAUUCGUAAUAUCCAAAUACAGUAUACUGUGAUGGAUAAAUGACAGUUGAUUACAUAAUAUACUGUAUGUUGACUAUGAGUAUAAUGAAUUCAGUGUUGUAAAUAAAAUUUUUUUUUUAAAGAAACCUACUGUAAAUCAUUGAAUUUUAUAUUGAUAUUAUAGUUUUUAUAUAAAUAUUUUAUAUUCUCAGUUCGAAUCUCGUGAGGAGGGAUCAUGGAUACGAACUACCAUAGAGGAGUUUCACAAUAGGAUAAAACAGCUAUCCAGUGCUUCCAGGUUUUCCAUGGUGGUCUAGACUUAAUUCAUUCAUGAUCUCAACUAUUGAGAUGAUUUUAUGAUUUUAUGGCAAUUAUUGAACUUAUCCUGGAUGACAUUCAGAUCAGUGUUUUUAUUACAAAUAAUAAGAGUGUCAAACAUAUACCUUUUGUAUAAAUGAAAGUCGUCAAUCGUCUGUUGAUGUAUUGUGUACUUAAGAUUGAAAAUGAAACAAUCCUCUAGAAGAGGGCUAAUUAAUGAACCUAUAUCGAUGUCAUCAGUUGGUCUGAAGAUCUCAUUAGUAAUAAAUCGUCCAGUGAACUCUAGAUUCUGUUCCUUAGCUCUUCUAGUAGCCCCAAGGCUAGAUCUACACAGUAACUGGAACAUGAGAGAAAAGGCACGAAAUAUGGAAGAAAAUACUUUAC